CGUCAUCGUCUGAGCUGCUGGCAUAAUACUGGUGCGUGUACUUAUGUCAGUACUAUAUUGACAUAAACAGCGGCUGUUCUUGACCAAGCAUAUGUAAAGCAAUUCUGCGUGAAUAUACGCAAAGGUAAGCAGAUGAUUCCAAUAUCGAAUGUUGCCAUUUUGAUAAAUCCAUCGUGCGUGUGUAAUACCGCACAGUGGUGUUUUGAUGUUGUCUAAGGAGCCGGGCAACAUUUUGCAACAUGGAAACAUUUUAUCCAAGCUAACAAUGGCCUAUACUCUGCAAGUAUCCUACGCAAUGAUUCACAUCAAUAACUUGACACCAAAUAAAAAUACAACAGAAUAUCGGAGCAAAUACGCAACAAUGUAUUCGUGAGUUUUGGAUUAAAAUGGCAGGCGGGCGAACGACUUUCUCUGGAAGGAACAUGGUGUACGGUGUAGCAUAAUGGUGGUCUGCACAUCAGCACAGUAUCCCGGCCAUAGGCGCUCAAUGUGUAGCAGGAGCAGAAGAGAAGGUGCGAUGUGUUGUCCGGACUAGGCUACAUACUUUUGGUCCAGACGAAACUUUGGUCAGAACAAGUGUCUUGUUUGACAAUAAUUGUUUCAAACAAGCAUGAAUUACAUAAAUGGUGCACACUUGAUAAGAGCUUUUGGGGAGUUGGUGUAAACUGGUCUAAACAAUGCAAAAAUAAUCUAUGCAAAAAUGUAAUAGGAGAAUGGUAGCCUGUGUACAACCUAAAUUGGCUUUAAAACCUGUAUUUACAUGGUAAUGACAUAGGCAGGUACGUUGUUAUUUACAUUUUACUUUUUACAUUUUAGUCAUUUAGCAGACGCUCUUAUCCAGAGCGAUUUACAGUUAGUGAGUGCAUACAUCAUUUUUUAUACUGGCCCCCCGUGGGAAUCGGACCCACAACCCUGGCGUUGCAAACGCCAUGCUCUACCAACUGAGCUACAUCCCUGUUGUUAUAGUACAGAAGUAGUAUAAAACAAUUUUUGUAAACUGACCAUAACUACCAUGUAAAUAUCAAAUGAAUAUGUGGCAUGAAUUUACACUACCAACCACACCUACUUAUUAGAUCUUAAAUGUUUUAUUCACAGAAAGCUCUAGUGAUGGGGAACUCACACUCUCACUUGUGGAAGGGGAAAGACUACCAUGACAGUCAGAGUGACCUGACCACUGGUCCAGAGUACAUAGAUACAAAGAGUGAAGAGGAUGGAAAGAAUGGAGAUGUGUCUCAGUUCCCCUAUGUGGAAUUUACUGGCAGAGACAGUGUCACAUGCCCCACAUGCCAGGGCACUGGCAGAAUACCACGGGGUAAGGGGAUAAACACAAAACAAAUACAUUCCUACACAGUAAUAAACAUGAAUUCUCACUCACUGACACAAUACACACCUACAUCUGUAGUAAAACUCCCUCUCAUGAGCUGCUAAUAAUUUGGCCUAAUUUGCAUUUUGACUUGAUAUGCAAAACCGGAAACUAGGCCACCUAGAAACACUGUGACUUCCAACGUUCACUGAAAAUGGAAAAUCCAAAAUCAGUUUCCUCUGUAAAUGGCUUUGUCAUCACAUCUCUAAUGCAGGUCAAGAGAACCAGCUUGUGGCUCUGAUUCCAUACAGUGACCAGAGGCUCCAACCAAGGAGAACGUAAGUCUCUCAUCUCACUCAGCCAGAUGUCUCUUUAUUGAAAGAUGUGCAAUUGAAUGAUUCAACUGUGGUUGACUGUGGUCUAUGUCCAACUUCUCUCUUUCUUUUAAUGGCGCUUCCUUCCUUGUUCUUGCAGAAAGCUGUAUGUCACUGUGUCCGUGUCUCUUUGCCUUCUGCUGUCUGGCCUGGCCGUGUUUUUCCUGUUCCCUCGUUCUAUCGACGUCUCCUAUGUGGGGGUGAAGUCUUCCUUCGUCUCCUAUGACCAGGACAAACGGAUUGUCUAUCUCAAUAUCACAGUAAGAUCCUCUCUCUGGUGUUAGUUGACCUUCUUGUGUUUCCAUCUAAGGGUUGACAUGGAUUCAUUCCCAAAAAUGCAGAGAGAAAAAUAGAAAAACAAUAGACAGACAAUAACACGAGGAAUAAAUACACCAUGAGUAACAGUAACUUGGCUAUAUACACGGGGUACCAGCACCAAGUCGAUGUGCAGAGGGACGAGGUAAUUGAGGUAGAUAUGCACAUAUAGGUAGGGGCAAGUGACGAGGCAACAGGAUAGAUAAUAAACAGUAGCAGCAGCAUAUGUGAUGAGUCAAAAGAGUGCAAAAAGGGGCAAUGCAGAUAGUCCUGGUAGCUAUUUGGUUAACAAUUUAGCAGUCUUAAGGCUUGGGGGUAGAAGCUGUUCAGGGUCCUGUUGGUUCGAGACUUGGUGCUUCGGUACCGCUUGCCGUGCGGUAGCAGAGAGAACUGUCUAUGGCUUGGGUGGCUGGAGUCUUUUACAAUUUGUAGGGCCUUCUCUGACACCGCCUGGUAUGGAGGUCCUGGAUGGCAGGGAGCUCGCCCCCAGUGAUGUACUGGGCCGUACGCACUACCCUCUGUAGCGCCUUGCGGUUGGAUGCCAAGCAGUUGCCAUAGCAAGCAGUGAUGCAGCCAGUCAAGAUGCUCUCAAUGCCACAGCUGUAGAACCUUUUGAGGAUCUGAGGGCCCAUGCCAAAUCUUUUCAGCCUCCUGAGGGGGGAGAGGUGUUGUCGUGCCUUCUUCACAACUGUUGGUGUGUGUGGACCAUGUUAAUUCCUUAGUGAUGUGGACACCGAGGAACUUGAAGCUCUCGGCCCGCUCCACUACAGCCCCAUAAAUGUGGAUUGGGGCGUGCUCGGCCCUCCAUUUCCUUUAGUCCACGAUCAGCUCCUUUGUCUUGCUGACAUUGAGGGAGAGUUUGCUGUCCUGGCACCACACUACCAGGUCACUGACCUCCUCCCUAUAGGAUGUCUCGUCGUCGGUGUUCAGGCCUACAACCGUUGUGUCGUCAGCAAACUUAAUGAUGGUGUUGGAGUCGUGUGCGGUCAUGCAGUCGUGGGUGAACAGGGUGUACAGGAGGGAAAUAAGCACGCACCCCUGAGGGGCCCCCAUGUUGAGGGUCAGCGUGGUGAAUGUGUUGUUGCCUACCCUCACCACCUGGGAAAUACUUUUUUUUAAACCUGGGGGCAGCCUGUCAGGAAGUUCAGGAUCCAGUUACAGAGGGAGGUGUUCAGUCCCAGAGUGCUGAGCUUAGUGAUGAGCUUGGAGGGUACUAUGGUGUUGAACGCUGAGCUGUAGUCAAUUAACAGCAUUCUCGCAUAGCUGUUCUUCUUGUCCAUGUGGGAGAGGGCAGUGUGGAGUGCAAUAGAGAUUGUGUCAUCUGUGGAUCUGUUGGGACGGUAUGCAAAUUGGAGUGGGUCCAACGUAAUGACUCUCUUUCCAACAACUGUUGUGCCGUAUGUCUUUUCUUCUAGAACACUCUGAACAUCACCAAUAACAACUACUACGCUGUAUCCCUGACCAACAUCACAGCCCAAGUGCAGUUCUCUAAGACGGUGAUUGGGAAGGCCCGUAUUAGCAAUGUGACGACCAUCAUACCACUGGAUAAACAGCAGGUGGGUCUUUACCAUGUGUAUUUUAGAAUAACAUGCCUUGGUAUAACUGCUUGUUAUUAACAUAUUACAGUGAAUGAAGUGAGCAUAGCUUGACAAGUGCAUCAAAGUUGUACUUUCAUCUUUUGAUCCAGAUGUCCUUAAGUUCUUUUCUCUAAGUCAACACAGCAGCUCAUUGUUCCACCCACUUUCCUGCAAAAUCUAGCAACAAAAUAAGGCAAAAUUGAUAAUGAACCUUGUUGUUGAACCCACUAGAACACCUGUCCCUGUUCUGAGGGCAUCAGUAGCAGCAAGGAUGGAAUAAGGAUCGUAUUUAUGGACUGUUGCCCUCAAAAGUUACUCGUUACUUAGUUAGUCAGGACUCAACCGCCCUGCGUCAAUAUGGGAGAGAGAUAACAGCUGCAUUACAACAUAUUGUUCAUUUCAGAUUGACUACACGGUUCCCACAGUCAUUGCUGAUGAGAUGAGUUAUAUGUUGUAAGUAUUUAUUUUAAGUAUUUCACAAGUAAUUACAUUUUAUUGUGUGUUUGACAGUACAAAUCGUGACAUUUCUUUAAUAAAAGUUUUGUGUUGCAGCGACUAUUGCACCCUGAAGUCCAUAAAGGUUCACAACAUUGUGGUCAUGAUGCAGUAAGUAUACCUUUAAAAAAAAUCUCUACUAAUACAUUGAGUUUACACAUGUUACUAUACCUACUCUAUUUCUUUUGUCAAACAUCACAUGCCCAUGUGGGCAGCCAUUUUGGGGAAACUGACCUGUCUAUUGGCUGGUUUUCAGGGUGACUGUGACCACGUCCUACUUUGGGCACUCAGAACAGGUCUCCCAGGAGAUUUACCAGUAUGUGGACUGUGGGGGCAACACCACCUCACUGCAUGGACAUGUGAAGGUGUAUCAGUAAGGCAGUAAAAACACAGCCAAAAUGGAAACCCAUCUAUCUAAAGGUAGACUAAAGGGUUUAACGAAGUUCCUUUGGGCACAUGUCUACUGUAGAAUAGGAGGAACCAUGACUCAGAGAAAGUGAAGUUUACAAGGUGCCAAUGUACAGUUUCAUGAGAGUUUGAUGAUGUUGCAGGUAGAAAAUAUAUUGUGCAAAUUCUUCCUAAUAGAAUGAUCCAAUCCAAUGUGUACAGGCAUUUGAGAUGAAGAUGCACUUUAGCUUUGUAUGGGAAACGCAAUCAUAAGAAAGUAUUUAUACAGCAGAGUUGUUGAUGUAAUGUAACCUGUACCACUAACCUUCCCAGACCACUAGGUAUGGGACAUGCAAUACAAAUAAAGUAAUCUGACAGAAUCAUCGUUUUGAUUAUCACCACCACUAAUCACCCCAAACCACUUUUGCAUGGCCUUUUUCCCCAUAAUUUUUUGUACCAGCCAUUUUGUUUUCUUCAAGGAUGUAUUGUUUUGUACAUAAUAGUACUUCCUGAUGUGUGUCGUUACUAUUUCAUUUUCAUUCUAAUGAUAGUUAGAUUUAGAUCUAAUUCUGAGGUGACAUAUCAUGUAGGGGUGAAGUCAGCGUAAUUAUGAUGACUACUGGACCUGGUAGUUUAUUUUAACGGUAAUUAGAUUGCAACAUAGGAGGAAUCUCGUAUUUUUAUAUCAUUCAAAUACAGUACCUAUAAUGAUUAGAUGUGUUGUUUAUGAUGUGAAUUACUCUUUAAUUGUAAACCUCUGAAUUGUUUGUAGGUUACCUAUUUCGAAAUAUGAUAUUACAUAAAUACCCUCAAUGGUGUUGUAAAACUAGGUUUUUAUUUUAUCUUUGGAAAUCGAUUUUAAGAGGUCAUUUUGUAUCUUAAUUUUUUUAUUUGAUGCCCUUUGCCCCUUUCAAUUUGUCAUUGUUGAUCACUGAAACUUGCAAGUAAGUUGUUCUUUUCGAGUUUGGGUGUCUUUCUGAGAUUAUUAAAUGUCAGGAUACAGUAAGUAUCCAUUUGUUAUAUUCCUUAAACAUUUGUUGUAGCUUUUCAAGUCUAUUGUGCAGGUAGUGGGUUCGAUCCCCGGGACCACCCAUACACAAAAAUGUAUGCACGCAUGACUGUAAGUCGCUUUGGAUAAAAGCGUCUGCUAAAUGGCAUAUUAUUAUUGUUAUUAUUAUGUACAGAAGACUGAACUGAGGACAAUAAAAAUGCCCAAGAUAAAAUAUCAGAUGCGUACAUUGUUUAAAGUUUGAUCUGAUAUACUCUAUGGAGGAACUGCUCUGUGGAGGAACAAUCACACCAAUAUACUGUUGGAUAUUUCAAAGUGCCAUAUUAUGUCCCAAAUCAAUCAAGAAGAAAACUUUCAUCAGCUUAAAGUCAGUUCUGAAUCCUCACUGAGGUGUGUUUACUGUGUACAUGUGGAUACUGUCCAUGUAAGCCACUGCCAAUCAUACAGUACAUGUAACAAUGUUUUUUCCUUGCAUGAAACUGGGAAUAAAAGUGUGGUUGAAUUUGGAAGUUUUUGUUUG